ACCCGAAUACAUACCUGCCCUUGCUGCAUACAGUGCAGGUCAGAUAUCCCGUCACAAAAGCAAGCGCCCAACACGCCUCAAUAUCCACCGAACUUAUACUAUCGUAGCUCGCGUCAAGUUACAACACAGCGUCCGUGUGCGCGCGUGAACUGGCGCCAUUGGCACCGAAGCCUCCUUCCAGCUGCCACAUCUGUCGUGCUGGGAAUAGUGCGCCGACUUCUCCCAUUUGGGCAAGAUGGCUCCGACAGCUUCUCGACUGAGGAUCCUCUCAGUGGGCGGAAAUGCAGUGUCGGCCUUCCUCUCGUGGAGGCUUCAAGCAACCAACGCUUGCGAUGUGACGUUGGUAUGGAAGUCGGGUUUCGAUAUGGUCUCUCAAUACGGCAUUUCAUUCAAAUCGACAGCGUUUGGUAACGAGCGAUUCAAGCCGCGGCAUGUUGUCCGGACACCAGAAGAAGCUGCGGCCAGCAAAGAGGGUGCUUUCGAUUACGUUCUACUUUGUGUCAAGGCCCUUCCCGAUAUUUACGACCUCGCGGCUGUAAUUGAGUCGGUGGUCACUCCUCAACACACCUGCAUUCUCGUCAACACGACACACACUCUCGGCGUCGAGGCGCAUCUCGAACAGCGGUUCCCGACUAACGUUGUCCUAUCCCUGGUAUCCGGCGCGGAACUCACACAGCUUGGCGUCAGUGAAUUCGAGCACAAGGCAUCCACAGAGGUCUGGGUGGGCGCUGCGAAUAAGAACGCAGCUAUACCGGCGUCGAUACAACAGGACAUGGCUGAGGCGCUUGCAAUGACGCUGAGCACCGGACAAGUGGACUGCAAGGUGUCGCGCAACAUCCGCCAACAGCAGUAUGACCGAAUGAUCGGACCGAUAGCUUUCCACCCACUGAGUGUUCUCAUGGAGACUCCGUCCCACGCCGCUCUGCUCGAGAAGACGGCUGUCUUGCCGAUGAUCAAGGAUGUGAUGGACGAACUACUACGCAUAGCCGAAGCACAGGGGUGCACUUUCCUGAAAGGAUUCCCGGAAAAGACCCUCGAAGAAAUGGUCCGGCCAUCCGAGUCGAAUAGCAUCAUGUACCAGGAUUUCAUGGCGAGGAGACCGAUGGAGGUCGAAACUUACUUGGGGUCGCCUAUCAAACUUGCACAGGCGGUUGGCCUGAAGGUGCCCCGAAUCGAAACGUUGUACGCGCUGUUGCACAGCGUCAACAUCGUGAACCAACAGAAGCCCAAGGAAGCCGCAGUGACCCCUGCUCUGAACGGGAAUGGCCAGUUUCCGACACGGUUAUCGUCAGCCCCGACGCCACGACCGAUGAACGGACCUAAUGGUGCUCCCAAUGGAAUGAUGAACGGGAUGGGCAGAGGACGAGGAAGGGCUCCAUCGAUGGGACCACCACCUGGAAUGAGACGUGGAGGACCAAUGAACGGCGCUCCAAACGGCUACGGACGGCCGCCUCCGAAUGGCUAUGGAUCUCGCCAACAGUCGAGACGCGGGUCUAUUGAUAAUGAGCUGGCGGACGACUUCAGCCAUGUUGUGCUCUACGACGACAUCCCAGAAGGCGCUUCCAACAACAUGGGUGACGAUAUGGCGCUUCGCGAGCGUGAACUGAUAUUCAGACAGCGCGAGAUUAACAUGAGGGAACAAGAGAUGCGCAUGAGGCGUGGACCACCACCAGGACCCAGAAGAGGCGGCGCAACCCCAUCCAUCCGGAAUGGCGGCUUCGACGAUGACGACGACGACGAUGACGAGUACUUCGACCCGACUAGCCGUCCUGCACCACCGCUUAUCGACCCGGACAACUUCGACAUGAUGAGCGUCACCUCGCGACGCAACCGCAAGGCGCCUAGCAUCAACCAGAGCAAGAUGCGCAGCAAUCCCGAAGGCGACUCCAGGAGGGGAUACGGCCAGAGGCCCAUGCAAUCCAGCAGGAACCGAUCUAGCGCCAGGUUAAUCGGCAGCUUACCCGGCACGCACGACUCCAUUAUGGACGACCCGCUGAUGGGCUACUCGUCGAACCGCUACGGUAAUGUAGAUCGCCAAUCGCUAGGACAGGAUUCAAGAGCCGCCUCAUUAACGUCAGCACGACUCGAUGAACUGCAGUUUGGCGGCGGCCACAUGAACGGACCCUUCCCUCGCCGGACAAGCCAAUCCCCUGGAAACCCCUACAGCCCGCAACUCGGCCGCGGCAACGGCCGACCCUCGCCACCCAACGGACACAUGGGAUACCCACCUAAUGGCCGCCCAUCUCCACCUGGAGGCAUGAGGCAGCCGAUACCACAGUACCCACCAGGACAGGGCAAUACGGUUGCGCCGCAGCAAGUCGAGCAGCAUGCAGGGGUGAGCGCCCUCCACCUGCCCAAAGGGCCCGUAAACAACCGAAGUCUGACUGGUAGUGCGAGCGCCAGCGCGGGGAGUGGUGAUAGUGCACACAUCGACUCCGAGAAUUCGGCACACAGCAGCCAGAGCAGUCUCGGGCCGCGAUUCCCCGUUGGGGUACGGUGAGCUGGUUCGGGGGUCUCCCGGGGUGGAGACCCGGCCGCGCCAAGCGUGGUGAUGGGGGAGGGUAGACAUGGAGACGGCGCGGUGACGAAAGCGCCUGUCAGCCAGGCAAGGGGCCUCCCUUUAGCAACACGAGAACGGCACACACCACCAGACCAUGACUGCUUUACCCGAUUAUAACGCAAUACAUAUACUCAAGUCAUCGAAAACUACUACUACUACUCUUCGCACACCAAAACCUUUUUUCACCAACUCGACCCAGCGAGGCGAGGGUCACGGGAAGGGGGCGCUUUAAUCACGAUUACUGGCUGCGUGGUUUAAUAAUGAAUAUUGGGCUUCUUUUUUUUUUUUACUAUAGAGAUUCGAUUUUAUCUCGACUGGGGGGGACUGCCGGCAGACGGACGCGCGCAUAUAUGCUCGAUAUAAGGGCACCACGCGGACGGACGGAUGUUGGCUUCUUUUUUCCUUCUCUCGAGGGAGGAUUUGAAUGGCGGGGCUGGGAUGGGGGUUAUCUAUACCGGACCGGGGUGGACUUGGUAAUACGUCUAAUUGUCAUUGGGCAUUUCUGCAUGGUUCCGCGGCGUUCUGUCGUUUUUUUCGACAUCCUUUUUUCGUGUUUUGUGUUUUUUUUUUUUUUUUUUGUGCUGGGAAGGAAGGUGGGGAGGUAUACAGAUCCCUCUUUUUUAUUACACCCGCCUUACUACUACUACGCUACUACUACUACUACUAUUACCGUCCUUGUGUUCAUCUUUUUUAUUACUUUUUUUAUUACUGGAAACGGAAACUCUCUUUUGUUUGGGUGUUGUGGGAUGGGUGGUGUUGUGGG